UCAAUACAUUGGCUAAUUCUUCUGGCUACCACUAGCGUUACGCCGAGGGACAUUCCCAAUAAAGCUUAAUUAAGAAAGCGACGCUACUGUCACCUUCUGGUUUGGACUAUUUUAACAAGGCUGACGGACGGUGAUCUGCCGCCUGGAAGAAAAAAAAGUUUGACUACCAACACUGUUCAGAUGUGUUAAAUAUUCUCGGCCGGCAAACGUUCGAUGUACCGGUGAACGUCAAACGUACCGGUGUGUCUGAGCCUUUAGCUGAUACGUAAAAUACAUAUGGAGGCGUUGUAAGAUCUGGCAGGCGUCAGCAACGCCUGGUCAGAGGAACGCGCCCAAAAUCUGCGCAGGACGACUGCACUUAUUUUGGAACGCGCCCAAUACCUUACCACGACGCUACGAGUACGUUCAAGGGGGAGGGGCACGUAAACAGAAUUCUAAACAAAGGAGAGGGAAUCAGUUUUUAUUUCAACAUCUUUGUAGAGAGUCGAAAGUUUGGAGUCAUGCCUAUACGUCGUGCAGCUAGGACACCACCCCAGGAGAUGCCCCCCUCGGCUGCACCAGAGGGAGAGCCUGAUGCCAGUUCUGAGGAGUCUGCCUCUGUUGAGGAGGAGCAGGAGAUGGCAUCCGCUGCCCUAGUAGCCAAGGAGGGGGAGGGCACAGGUGAAGGAGAGACCAAAGAGAAUGGUGAGAAAUCUGAGGGAGAGAAAGGUGAUGAAUCGACUGGCGAGAAGACUGCUGAGGGGGAAGAGUCUGAGAAGAAAGAAGAGAAGGAUGGCGUGAAAGAGAAAGUGAAGAAGCCAGUGAAAAGGGCCAUUCCCGCCUGGGCAACCAUGUCUGCCAGCAAACGUGCAACACUCACUAAUAAGAGCACCUCCACCAUGCAGCUGCCUAAGAUGGACGACAUCCUCAUCGAGGCCAUUGAGUCCUGCAAGGAGAAGACUGGGGCCUCAGCCCAUUCUGUCAUGAAGUACAUUGUGAAGAAAUAUCCUAUCCUAGAGAAGAGGAAAUUCCUCCUUAAGAAGGCUCUCAAGAGGCAGCUGGAGAAGGGCACCGUCAAACAGCUAAAGGGUAAAGGUCUUUCUGGGAGCUUUACCAUUGGGAAGCAGUCCUCUAAUAAACCACCUGCUAAAGGGCCGAUCGUCGUGGCACCUGGGUUGAAGGCAGAGACCCUUGGGGAUGCUCUGCCCCUGAUCAUCACACGGCUAUGUGAGCCCAAAGAGGCGUCUUAUAUCCUGAUCAAGAAAUAUGUGGAGCAGCACUUCCCUCAACUCAACGUGGAGCAUAGGCCAGAUAUCCUAAAGAGUGCCCUGGUGAGAGCUGUGGACAAGGGUCACCUGGAGCAGAUCACUGGAAAAGGUGCCUCUGGAACAUUUCAGCUGAAGCGGGAAGGGGGCAAGUUCCUGCUUAAAGGCGGGCCCCUGGAGGACGCUAUCAUGACAGCCAUUGUGGCAAUGAACGAACCCAAGACUUGCAGCACCACCACACUCCGCAAAUUCCUGUUAGAGACAAACCAGGACAGCAUGGAGUACCGUGUGGUGAACAACCUGAAGAGGACCCUGCAGAAGUGCAAAAUGAUGGGUUGGAUGGAUCAGAUCACUGGGAAUGGGCUAAACGGAACCUACCAGCUCUGCUACCCUUACUACCCCAGCCCAGCCAUUCUGUUCCCUGAAAAACAGAACGUGAAGGAGCAGAAAGUGGCGGAGAAGGACAAACGCAGAAAGAGGGUUGACUUGUCUGAUGAGGACUCUGAUGAGGAGGAAGAGGACUCGUCCGAGGAAGAGGACUCAGAUGAUGAACCCCCUCCUAAGAGGAAAGCUGGGAAGAGGCCACCACCUAAAGCGCGUCGUCCCCCCCCCAGCAAGAAGUCUCGGCCGGCAAGUCAGUCAAGGGCUAAGGGCAAAAAAAGAGCUGCCCCAGCCAAGAGGUCUGCACCCCCAGCCAAGAAGUCUGCACCCCCAGCCAAGAAGUCUGCACCCCCAGCCAAGAAGUCUGCACCCCCAGCCAAGAAGUCUGCACCCCCAGCCAAGAAGUCUGCACCCCCAGCAAAGAGGUCUGCACCCCCAGCAAAGAGGUCUGCACCCCCACCAGUCAAGGUAGUCAAGGCACCCCCACCAGUCAAGGCACCCUCACCAGUCAAGAAAGCUGCACCUGCGAGCAAGCCCAAAACGCCCAUCAUCAAAAAGCUGAUGAGCAAGGCAUCUAAGCGGCCAACGCCCAAAAAGUCACCUCCUGCAAAGAAGGCAGCAGCCAAUUCUGCAGUGAAGGCCAAGCCAGCAGCUCGCAAGUCCCUGAGGGGGAAGAAGUGAGUUUACUAUUGCCCAGCAGUGGAAGUUUAACUGUAGCUCUGAAGACAGUGGUGCUCUGCCUCUCUCCAUGCUCUCUUUCGCAUCAUUGUUUUCCUCCAGUUUGGGGCUAUAGAAUUCUUUUCUCUGUAGGAUUGGGAUGUGGCAGUUAUUAGUUCAUGUCAAUUUACUGUACUUGGGGAACUGUUCUAUUUCUGUGAACCCAACUUUUAAUCUCCAUUGUGUAGAAUGGCCUCUUAAAAUAUGUAAAACUGCCUAGGUAAAGAAUUGUGAAAUUUCCAUCACUACUUUUAUUUCCCUCACACACUUAAUUUUGAUAAUGUAUAGGGCAGAGAUCCAGAAUCAGUGACUUUUACUUUUUGCAUUUUGUCCCAGUCCACUCUACCAUGUUUUACCUGGACACAUUCCUUUUAUCAAAUAAUUUGUUUAGCAUUUUGAAAACUUUCUUCCUCUACAACAUUUUGGUUUCUCUACAUUUAAUCUGGAGUGAACUCAUCUAAAAGGAUAUUGAGAUUUGUUAUUAAGUGAAUUUGAGAGCAUAAUGACAGCCAACUUUUCAUGUAAUGAAUUAUUGUUUAUUACGAAUUCUGUUAUUUAAAUGAUCGUAUGAGUGAAACAUAUCCAUCGCUGGGCCUGUGGUUAAAAUACUUAAUUUGAUUGGAGACUAACUGAUCAGGAAGCACUGUUUGUCAUGGUGAUUUUCAGUACUACUGCAUAGUAUUAGGGGAUUUUUUUUGUGUGUGUGUGUAAACAAACAAGCUAAUCAAAGUGAAUUGGUUGUGUCCUAUAAAGCGAAAAGAAAACAGACCAAUACAAUCUUCUACAUUCUGUGUAAUAGUGAAAGAUUGUGAAUAACACACUUUGUUUUGAAGGAGCGUAGCUCAUACCCUGCAUGCAUGCGUGUACUCUUUAUGUUAUGCUUUUUCCCAAGUCAUUAUUAAAAUGGCUAUAUUUGUACUUACUUCAUUCUGUCACGGUCUCAAGGGGAGACAAACACAAAAUAGUGUGUCUGCUGUUGGAGCAUAUAUAUAUAUUUUAAAUACUACACAAUACAAAUCCAUAAUGUCAAUUUGGUUCACUCAUGAAUAAAGUGCUGGAUAGUU